CGCACGCAGCUAAGAGCCACGAGGUUUUAGAAUACCAUAUUUGGUAAACAACUAGAUCCUUUUUCUAUGCUGUAUACCGGUAAAACGUUUAGUUUCUGUGGUUUCAAGGUGUAUGUAUCUUGGUUCAGUUUUAUAAUACAUAGGUAUUUAGUUCUAUAAAAAACUUAAGUUGCUAGCCAGGAAUUCCAAAGUUUCGCCCAACUUAUGUCUGCAAAAUUCAAAAAAUUCGCUGACCUGUCCGCUAGGCACAGGCGAAGAAUACUCGCUCGUAUCCGUGCUCGAAAAGAAGCACUAGAGGUACAUAAUGUUCAUUCCUCGUCUGAUGAAAGCAAUCCGUUUAAUGACGAUGUCAUACACGAAACAGCACCAUUUAACGGAGAUAACGUUCUAACAAAUCAAAACAAUGAGCCUCAUAAUGAAGAAAAUAAUGAAAUCGUGGCAAUAGUCGAAAAUGAGCAAUUGGAGAAUAAUAAUAAUGCGAUUGUAAAUGACGUAGGAGAAAGAGGAGGAGAAGGGGGGGAAGAUGUAGAAAUUGAAAGAGGUGAUAUUCGAAGAAGGGCACUGCAUAUGGCUUUUUUAAAAGCCCGGUUAAAUCACACACAAGUAAAAUGCAUUUUGGACGCACUACGCGCUCCACCCUUUAAUAUGCAGUUUUUGCCGAUGGAUCCUCGAAGUAUGCUAAAAACUCCUAACCUAGUUGUUACCAACUUAAUAAGUCAUACAGCUGGAGGAGAAUUUUUACAUUUAGGUUUUGAAGAUAUUAUUCUCAAAAAGUUGGUUUCUAUCCCUGCAGAUCAGUUGCCAGAAAAUGUUACUAUUGACUUCAGUACUGACGGUGGUCAGUUGUACAAAACAGGCAGUCUACAGUUUUGGCCUAUCCAGUUCAGAAUUCUUAAUAUUGAUGAUAAGCGACCUAUGAUAUCUGGCGUAUUUAUCGGCGAGUCAAAGCCUUCCAACCCUUCUCAGUUUUUUAAUCCAUUCGUUGCAGAAGUUAUGAAGGUUAUUAAUCAAGGUGGAUUAAUACUUCAAGAUAGAGUUCUCCCUUUGCAAAUAAAGUGUUUUAUUGCAGAUGCUCCAGCUCGAGCAUUCGCUUUGAAUCACUACAGCCAUAAUUCAGCACAUGGCUGUCAUAAAUGUAAGGUUGUAGGUCACCGUUGUACUGUACAGGAUUUUCGCGGAACGGAAGUUUUUCUUUCUAUUGAUAACGAUCCACGAACUGAUGACGAAUACCGUGCCAUGGUAGAUAAAGAUCACCACAAAGGUGAAAGCCCAUUGUCACCUUUUCUUGAUCUUGUGAGUAAAACACCUGUAGAAAUCAUGCAUUUAGUGUACAUAGGGGCUCUAAAAAAAACGUUAGAUGCUGUAAUUGGUGGAAAAUUUGGUUUUCAACGCUUAAGUGGGCGGAAAAUUGACAUUUUGGAUUCAAGAAUGAAAUUAAUGAGGGAUUGUUGUCCUUCAGACUUCAAUCGACGUCCUGAACCGAUGUCUCGCUAUUCAAAAUUUAAAGCUACUCAAUUGAGACAGUUGCUGCUUUAUACAGGCCCAGCUGUUUUUCGAAACGUUUUGGGAAAUGAUCAUUAUCGUCACCUGAUGUUACUACAUGCUGUUAUGCGUUUACUGAAUCGAGAAAACCCUCCAGAAGAACUGUUAUUAUUUUGUGAGGCUUCACUUCGCUCAUACGUUACACUUUGUUUGUACUUGUAUAAGGAACAAUACAUGUCCUACAAUAUACAUUGUUUGUUGCACAUUGUAGAUGACGUGAGAGGGCUAGGUCCAAUCGAUUCGUAUAGCGCGUUUUGCUAUGAAAAUAGCAUGCCCAAUUUUCGAGACUUGGCUACACACCGGCCAUACCUUGCACUUCAGCAAUACUAUAAACGCAUCAAAGAAAAAGAUCAAGGCGAACAACCCUUUCAUGUCGAAAAUCAGAUCGUUACCAGUAAAAAGCGUGUCGCUGGUCCUCUACCAAUCAACAUUUUACCAGCAAUGUGUGAACAGUUUGAAAAGGUUUCAAUUGGUAGUAUAAUCCUUUCGACGUCUCGGCGUGACAGCUGCUGUAUUCUGCGAAAUUCAGAAAUUUGCGUGAUUCGCAACAUUAUCCGCGUAGAAAAUGAUAUUAUGUUGAUAGUUACGAAGUUUCAACAGUUGUCUUCUCUAUACGAGGUUGGCUACACUUCUAACAUCGUGGGCGUUUUCCAUUGUAAACGACUUUCAAACACAUUAACUGCAGUUUCCUUGCGAGACAUUGAAAGAAAGUGUUACAGAAUGCCACUAUGGAGUAAUGUUGAAGGAAGGGAAGAGGAAAUCGUAGAAAACGAGUACAUUUGUGCAACUAUGAUAACCCCGAUCGUAAUGCCACCUCAUUAA